AUGAGAGAAGUAUCAGACCAGACAAAUGUGGAGGAGUUAAUGAUAGAUGAAGCAUCAACAGUAUCAGUAGUGGAUGAAGCACCAACAGUAUCAGUAGUGGAUGAAGCACCAACAGUAGUGGAUGAAGCACCAACAGUAUUAGUAGUGGAUGAAGCACCAACAGUAGUGGAUGAAGCACCAACAGUAGUGGAUGAAGCACUAACAGUAUCAGUUGUGGAUGAAGCACCAGCAGUAUCAGUAGUAGAUGAAGCACCAACAGUAGUGGAUGAAGCACCAACAGUAUCAGUAGUGGAUGAAGCACCAACAGUAUCAGUAGUGGAUGAAGCACCAACAGUAUCAGUAGUGGAUGAAGCACCAACAGUAUCAGUAGUGGAUGAAGCACCAACAGUAUCAGUAGUGGAUGCAGCACCAGCAGUAUCAGUAGUGGAUGAAGCACCAACAGUAUCAGUAGUGGAUGAAGCACCAACAGUAUCAGUAGUGGAUGAAGCACCAACAGUAUCAGUAGUGGAUGAAGCACCAACAGUAUCAGUAGUGGAUGAAGCACCACCAGUAUUGGAUGCAGCACCAGCAGUAUCAGUAGUGGAUGAAGCACCAACAGUAUCAGUAGUGGAUGAAGCACCAACAGUAUCAAUAGUGGAUGAAGCACCAACAGUAUCAGUAGUGGAUGAAGCACCAACAGUAUCAGUAGUGGAUGAAGCACCAACAGUAUCAGUAGUGGAUGAAGCACCAACAGUAGUGGAUGAAGCACCAACAGUAUCAGUAGUGGAUGAAGCACCAACAGUAUCAGUAGUGGAUGAAGCACCAACAGUAUCAGUAGUGGAUGAAGCACCAACAGUAUCAGUAGUGGAUGAAGCACCAACAGUAUCAGUAGUGGAUGAAGCACCAACAGUAUCAGUAGUGGAUGAAGCAUCAACAGUAGUGGAUGAAGCACCAACAGUAUCAGUAGUGGAUGAAGCACCAACAGUAUCAGUAGUGGAUGAUGCACCAACAGUAGUGGGUGAAGCACCAACAGUAUCAGUAGUGGAUGAAGCACCAACAGUAGUGGAUGAAGCACCAACAGUAGUGGAUGAAGCACCGACAGUAUCAGUAGUGGAUGAAGCACCAACAGUAUCAGUAGUGGAUGAAGCAUCAACAGUAUCAGUAAUGGAUGAAGCACCAACAGUAUCAGUAGUGGAUGAAGCAUCAACAGUAUCAGUAAUGGAUGAAGCACCAACAGUAUCAGUAGUGGAUGAAGCACCAACAGUAUCAGUAGUGGAUGAAGCACCAACAGUAGUGGAUGAAGCACCAAAAGUAGUGGAUGAAGCACCAACAGUAUCAGUAGUGGAUGAAGCACCAACAGUAGUGGAUGAAGCACCAACAGUAGUGGAUGAAGCACCAAAAGUAGUGGAUGAAGCACCAACAGUAUCAGUAGUGGAUGAAGCACCAACAGUAUCAGUAGUGGAUGAAGCACCAACAGUAGUGGAUGAAGCACCAACAGUAUUGGAUGAAGCACCAAAAGUAGUGGAUGAAGCACCAACAGUAUCAGUAGUGGAUGAAGCACCAACAGUAUCAGUAGUGGAUGAAGCACCAACAGUAUCAGUAGUGGAUGAAGCACCAACAGUAGUGGAUGAAGCACCAACAGCAUCAGUAGUGGAUGAAGCACCAACAGUAGUGGAUGAAGUACCAACAGUAUCAGUAGUGGAUGAAGCACCAACAGUAUCAGUAGUGGAUGAAGCACCAACAGUAGUGGAUGAAGCACCAACAGUAGUGGAUGAAGCACCAACAGUAUCAGUAGUGGAUGAAGCACCAACAGUAGUGGAUGAAGCACCAACAGUAGUGGAUGAAGCACCAACAGUAGGGGAUGAAGCACCAACAGUAUCAGUAGUGGAUGAAGCACCAACAGUAUCAGUAGUGGAUGAAGCACCAACAGUAUCAGUAGUGGAUGAAGCACCAACAGUAUCAGUAGUGGAUGAAGCACCAACAGUAUCAGUAGUGGAUGAAGCACCAACAGUAUCAGUAGUGGAUGAAGCACCAACAGUAUCAGUAGUGGAUGAAGCACCAACAGUAUCAGUAGUGGAUGAAGCACCAACAGUAGUGGAUGAAGCACCAACAGUAGUGGAUGAAGCGCCAACAGUAGUGGAUGAAGCACCAACAGUAUCAGUAAUGGAUGAAGCACCAACAGUAGUGGAUGAAGCUCCAACAGUAGUGGAUGAAGCACCAACAGUAGUGGAUGAAGCACCAAAAGUAGUGGAUGAAGCACCAACAGUAUCAGUAAUGGAUGAAGCACCAACAGUAGUGGAUGAAGCUCCAACAGUAGUGGAUGAAGCACCAACAGUAGUGGAUGAAGCACCAAAAGUAGUGGAUGAAGCACCAACAGUAUCAGUAGUGGAUGAAGCACCAGCAGUAUCAGUAAUGGAUGAAGCACCAACAGUAUCAGUAGUAGAUAAAGUCCUCCAAAGUUUCUUAAGAGCUGUUCAGCCGCUCAUUAUAUCCCAAAUUAAACAGGAAGUAACCACAUUGUUUUAA